AAUUAAAAAGAGUUUAGUGUUAAUCUGAAUCAAUCAACAAUGAUGAAAUUUUCAUAUGUGUUGAUUGUUUUACUGCUCCAUUUAUUUCCAUGCUAUGAUGCAAAGUGCAGCCCUUCUGCCUGCGGCAUCCUUUCCAACAUCAGCUACCCUUUCCGCCUCAAUGACGACCCCAAAAACUGUGGCGACCGCAGAUUUGAGCUUCGCUGCGAAAACAAUGUAACCUACAUCUCUCUCAACUCUCAAAACUACUAUGUCAAAGCAAUCAACUACCAUAACUCCACCAUCAGGCUCGUUGAUGCUUCCGUUGCUAACGACGACAUCUGCUCUUUCCCAACCGCUUCUGCAUACGCCUACAACUUCACAACCUCCAGAAACCCCUUCCACUUCUUCCUUCAUAACCCUCAUCAUCUUCCCUUCAUAAUUCCAAUGAGUAUUUCCACCACUAUAAACCCUAUUAAUUUUGUAAGCUGCCCUAAUCCGUUGAAGAAUUCUUCCCUCUUCACAGAUGUUUCUAGUCAUUGUGCCUCAUCCACCCUUCCCAAAUAUGCUUACAUCAAGAUAGGACACUCGAAUGCAUCUGAGGUCCCACAUUUGUGCACACUUCAUCUCAUACUGAUGACUUCAUGGCCGGAAUUUAAGGAUUUAGGCAACGUUUCGCUGUCUGAAAUCCACCAGUCUCUCUUGUAUGGAUUCGAACUUGUCUUCUGCCCUUGGUGCAAAGCGCGAACGAAUAAAUUUUAUGCAUCUUUUUUCUACGGUAUGGUCCCGAUUCUUCUGAUAAUUGUAGGUCUUUUAUGUGCUGUGGUGAGCCCUCCCGUGUUCACCGUCUUCGGAUUUGCAGCUGUAGCAACGCUCUUAUACUAUACACCAGCUAUCUUUUUCACCAUGAUUCAAACGGUUGAAUUAGAGACUUAUAAUUAUCUACGUCCUGCCCUAAUCCUCAGCAACAUUAUUUGUGCAUCAAGGAUCAUCACUUUCCCUAUGGCAAUGUGGUUUUUGAUUUACAAAUUCCGAACAAGGCGUCUCUCCUUACAUGAAGAUAUAGAAUCCUUUCUACAAAGUGACAAUAAACUCGCCCCCAUUAGGUACUCCUAUUCGGACAUUAAAAAAAUGACUAAAGGUUUUCAAGAGAAACUAGGUGAAGGAGGCUAUGGUUCUGUUUACAAAGGCAAGCUCCGAAGUGGUAAUGAUGUUGCAGUCAAACUCCUGGGGAAAUCGGGAGGAAAAGGGCAGGAUUUCAUGAAUGAAAUCGCAACUAUUGGAAGGAUACAUCAUGUCAAUGUAGUCAAACUAGUCGGAUAUUGUGCACAUGGCUCCAAACUUGCCCUUGUCUUUGAUUUCAUGACUAAUGGUUCUCUUGAAAAGUAUCUUUUCAAUAGAGAUAACAUGAAACCCUUGAAUUGGGACACAAAGUUUGAAAUUGCAAUUGGGGUUGCUCGUGGGAUUGAGUAUUUGCAUCGAGGCUGUGACAUUCAGAUUCUGCAUUUUGACAUCAAGCCGCAUAAUAUACUCCUCGAUGAUAAAUUUAUACCCAAAAUAUCUGAUUUUGGGCUUGCAAAGUUUUGCUCUAUAGGUAAAAAUGCAAUAAGCUUGACUACAGCUAGAGGAACUAUAGGAUAUGUUGCUCCUGAACUAAUUAAUAGAAGUAUGGGAGCAAUUUCUUACAAGGCUGAUGUGUAUAGCUUUGGGAUGUUGUUGAUUGACAUGGUGGGCUUGAAGAGAGACUUGAGAGGAAAGAACGAUCAUUCUAGCCAAUAUUUUCCAUACUGGAUAUAUGAUUGUUUAGAGCAAGGCAGGGAUAUUGAAAUUGAAGAAGCAGAGUAUGAUGAUGAGAAUAAGACUGGAAAGAGUAUUGUUAAAAAGAUGACCAUAGUUGCAUUGUGGUGCAUACUGAUGAUUCCGGAUGAUCGCCCAUCAAUGAAUAAGGUGUUGGAGAUGCUGGAAGGUGAUGUUGAGCGUUUGCAAAUUCCUUCUCAAUCGACUCAAAUUGGAGUAGGUUUUGAUCGAACUGAAACUACAUGUUCCUCUGAUUCUGUUUCCUUGCUUCAUCAUGUUGAAGCUUCGAUUUGUGUCGAGACCCAAGUGUGAAACAAUCAUGUGUUUAUAAUGGAGGUCAAAAGGUUUGAUUUGUGUCAAAUAUGUGAAAUAUAUUAUUAGUAUGAUUUUG